CCACCACCAUCACCACUACCACCACUACCACCACCGGCUCUCUCGGCCCUUCUUCGAGCCUAGCCAGAGAUCAGCCCCAUCAUUCAAUGGACGGCUUCUUUGACAAUUACCGCCGCCUCGCAAGUCCCCUUCUGCCCGUCCCCGCCGCACCCCCGCCCACCCCACAUCACGUCUUCUAUGCUGCUUCACCGGUGUUCAUGAUGCCAGCGCACUAUGCCACUUCCCUGUUCCAGCCAGCGCCUUCGCCGGUUCCGCUGCCGCUCUCGCAGGCUGGAUUUCCGGUCCGACCGAGCUGCGGGCGGCAGUUUCGGAUGGCUGAUUCCAGCACGGAGGACCAGCAAGAGAGGGAGGGUGAAGAAGAGAGAGGGGAAGAUACGGGAGACGAUUGCGGCUCGACUCGGACAAGAACAACAAGGAGCGCGGUACGGGCCGGGGCAAGGGAAACGAGCAGUACGAUGGAGGAUGAGCGCGAGUUGCCGGAUGGGCUUGGCUUGUCGACUGACUCUUGCUCGGCUGAGGGGAGCGACGAGGGCGCGAGAUAUCCUCGUUACUCGAGGAGGGUGCAGUCCAAGAGUGAGCCGGCUGCUUUGGCGGUGAGAUCCUUGUCUGGUUCAGGUUCAGGGAGUUGAGCGGAUGCUUAUGUCUUUGUUUCGCCCCCUCGUUCUGACUUUUUUUUUUUUUUUUUUUCUUUCUUCUUAUUACUUUCUCUUUCUCUUUCUUUUUUCUUUCUCUUCUCAUUACUGGAUCAAGGUUGGCCAUUCUUACCAUGUUACCCCUUGUUCUCUUAUUAUGCAUGUGGAUGCAUAUAGCUGGCGAUUGCGUCGCCGGCUUGUUUGUUCUCUUUCUCGUUGUUGGCUGGGCUUGGCUCAUCAUAGAGGCGUAGCACUGCUGUGGUUUAGACGUGGGCGGUGAUGAGAAGGGAAUGUCUCGGAGGGCAAUAAAAUAGACUAGAAGGGAAAGAAAAAAAUGCGCUGUGGUUUUGUCGGGGUAUGGGGGAACUUCCGGUGGUUUAGACAUGAGCUUAGAUUUUUUGGUUGGAAAAUAGAGAUAAAAAAGUUCCGCCUGGAUGACUGACUACACUCGGGGGUUGACCCGGUUCUGAAUAGACGUGUGGGAUUAUGUUAGAUUAUUAGGUCAAGACAAGUUGACGACCCCUAACCGACGUCUUUCUCGAAUCGACGAAACUUAAAGGCUCUCUCUGUUUGCGACAAGUGUUCAAAU